AUGCGAGACAACAAUCUCACACCACAGGCACCGACGACUCCAAUCCGAACUCUUCCACCUGUCCCUCCUUUCCCCUCCGCAGUCCCCGAGUCUCGCGUGCAGAAUCUGCUACCUACACAAGAGCUCGCCCUUGACCUCAGCGGGGAUUUCAUCAACGAAGUCCCCGCUAUUCUGCUGCAUCUAGUGCACAGCAUCACCCAGACCCUGCGGAAGGCAUUUGUUCACAGACCGCCUCAUACAGUCCAACGACUAGCGGAGCUGCUACUGUACCCCACGAAACAUUACAAGACCCUUCCAGCGUACCUGCGCGCCAUGGAUCGCAUAGUCAGCGUGAGUAGUACGGCCGACAUUUUCCCACUCACAGAAGUUCCGACGACGGUGAACGGUGUGAACGGAGAUGGCGGAUUAGGGAUACUGUGGAACAACAACGACACACGCAAUGGAUAUGAUGGGGAUUCUCUGGGUAGUGACGAGAGCUUGGGUGGCGCGCUGCUAACCCCGAUCCCCUGGUUGAGAAAUGGUAUCAGCAGUGUAGAAGAUUCGGGCGAACACUCGGCCCACCUUGAUUCAAACAGUAGCGCGAGCAGCGACGGUCUCGGCGAGCCAAUCGGCCUAGUGGGAGUGUCCGGGAACGGUGACCCCUUGGUACCCGAAAGAGAAGAUGGAGCUGUGACACAAGGCGAAUUGAUGCGAAUGGAGCAAGAGGCGGGUGUGGUGCCGUUGACGCAGAACCGGGAGGACACAAGCGUGACGAGAACUAUGAUUGAUCCUGACGGUGACGAUGGAUAUCUGGACGAGGGCGAAGUAAUUCCCCAUGCGCGCGGUCCAGACGUCGUGGGCUCCGUGGAUAUGGGUCGUGUGGAUGGCAAAGACGUUGAACUCCACAUCGGGAGCCCGCCGACCGGGGAACAAAAGCAGGCAGCCGAUCUCAACAACGCCCGGGAUGUGCUUGCCACAGAGAGCUCGCAGAACAACACCAGCGCUUCCACAGUCACGGGCGUCUCUGAUUCUAUAACUGGGUCAUCCUCGACGGUAGACUCGGAGGACUUCGAAAUCGUGCACAAAGAGUGUGCGGAUGAAGAGGAUGCAAUGCAGCUUGACGAUUCUACUAGCACGACGACAACGAAAGACAAGGACACACCGUUAUCCAACUCGGAGCCAACUCCGGCAGCAGAAGAGCAGGAUGGAGAUAUCGUGCUUGUCGACGCGGAUGACAAAACCGACGACGACGCGAGCAAGGAUCGCGCAUCGGCAGAGAAUGGAAGUUCUAGUGCCUCGGCUGCACCGACAUUGACUUAG